AUGCACAGAUACACUGAAGUAGCGAGAAGAGUAAAAGGGGUAAGCCACGAGUUCAUUAUCACCAAUUUACCCAACUGCCUGAAGCCAGGUUACGUCUCAGAAUCCCUGUAUGCCAAGUUACCUAAAACCAUGGAAGAGCUACAAGAAAAAAUGAACAAGUUCAUUAAGAUGGAGGACCAACCGCAUUUUCACUGGAAAACGGACGCCGCCACAACAGAAACCAAGCAGGAGGGGGGACGGUCACGGGACAAAAACCGUAAUCAUAAACCCUCGCGAAAACACACCCCAACCCCUUACAAUCUUCAAUACAACCGGUAUGCUCCUCUUACGGCCUCAAGGGAGAAGGUGUUUGAAAAAGCCCUACAGGCCAACCUAAUUACCGCUACCAGACGGGGGACACCGGAUGCUGCAGACAGAGCCAAAGUUUGCAGAUAUCAUGGUAACCAGGGGCACACUACAGAAGAAUGCCAGGUCCUCAAGGAUAGAAUUGAAAAGCUGAUUCGCGAAGGGCAUUUGCAGGAAUUUGUCCGAACCGACUCACGCCGGCGAGACCGGUCGCCUAGGAGGAUGAGAAGAAGUCCCGAGCAUACGGGGAGAAAUACCGAACGCUCCAGGGAUCAGCAUCGUGAGCGCUCUCGCAGUAGACAUCAGAAGCGUGACCCCACUCCACGGGGACGGAUCGAUACCAUCUCGGGCGGUUUUGCGGGAGGAGGGCCUCAUCCUCAGCUCGCAAAAGACACGUGA